UUUUUGCCUCUCUGCCAUCAGAAAGCGCAGCAGUACAGUACCAUAUCUGCUCUCCUUGAUUGCGAGUCUGCGAGAAGCGAGGCACACGGUUGUUCUCUUCUCUCGCAACCAAGAGUCCUUAUCCCUCACGCGACGCGGAGUCUCACCAACUCGCUGAAUCAGCUUCCCAUCUAGCAAAGCAGGGGCGGCACCAGCCAACUAACACAGCACACGGCCAGGCAGGACGUUUCGGUGCGACAAGCGACGCCCUCGCAGCAAGGCCUUCCUGAUCAGGAUGGGUCAGGGAGAGUCUCAGCCGACGGAGCCCUUCACGCCGCCAGACGACAAACACCGCAAGCAACUCCUGCGCAAGCUCGGCAUCGAGAGCCACUAUGUGCGGCCGCCGCCCGUCGUGCAGCAGGAGGCGCCGGACCGGCUGGAGCGCAUCUACACCACACCGCCGGCCGGGGAAAAGGCCGAGAAGGCCACACAGGGCGACUUUGAGAUGAACAUUCUGGACCUGAGGAGCAAGGAUGACUUCAGGGUCAACUACCUCAAGAAACUCUCCUACAAGUGAGUCUGAGUCGUGUGGUGCGACGUGAUGUGGAAAUGCAGGACGGCGCAAUUUCGUUUGUGUGUGUGGGUAUGUGUGUGUGUGCAGCCAGGUGUGGGUGCCCAACGCCAGGAAGGCUCCGAGGCACCAGACAGGUAUGAGCCCACAGGUGUUGUCUCAGUCGCUGACUCAUGUGUCGACUCGCCCACUCCUGUGUGUGUGUGUGUGUGUGUGUAUGACGUCCCUCGUUGACUCACUCAGUGAUCAUCUUCGAUUGGGACGACACGCUGCUGUGCACGUCAUACCUCAACCUCAGGGGCGACGAGAGCCACCCCAACACACGCAAACAACUCGACAACAUCGCUAACAUUGGGGUCAGGCAGCGGACCGGAAACACCACAAAGACAGACACACACGUGAGUGUAGCAGGACGUGUGUGUCUUGUGUUGUGUUGUGUUCAGCGUCAUUUGCUGGAGCUGGCGAUGCGGCUGGGUCACGUGUUCAUCAUCACCAACGCCAUGAGCGGGUGGGUCGAGUACUCGUCGCAGAAAUACAUACCCUCCAUCAAACAGCUACUCGACAACGGAAUGUGAGCAUCGCUCAGCACCACCCACCACACACACACGCGCACCCACCCAGCCACACGUGUGUGUGUGUGUGUGUUGUGUUAGUGGCGGGAAGAAGAUCAAGAUCAUCUCAGCGCGCGGCAACUAUGAGCACCGAUUUCCCGGACAGUACCAGGAGUGGAAGGUACCUUCCCUACCCACACCACACCCGCCACUCACCCACUCACGCAGAGGGCUUACCUGGCUGGCGCCCUAACUGCGUAUGGCAUCAUGUGUGCAGAUUCAGGCGUUCUUGGAGGUGCAGCGUGAGCUCAAUGCGGAGAUCAUCACCAACCUCAUCUCACUAGGUCAGUGCCGCCAGACAGCAAGCAGACCACACAUCAGCACACAUGGGCACACAACGCUGUCCGUCGGUCUGUCUGUGUGUGUAUACGCCUUUGCAGGCGAUUCCAACAUCGAGAUGGAUGCUGUUCACAUCAUGGGCAAGUAAGCCCGACACACAGACAAGGCACACGCCUCAAAAUGCAACCUCUCCCCACCUCACUGUCUGCCUGCCUGUGUGAUCCUGUGUGUGCAGGGAGUUUUCUCAGGCGUUGAUCAAGACCAUCAAAUUCCGAGAGAACCCCUCACCCGACGAGCUGGUGAACACACGCAACAAACCAGACCGGAGAGGGCGACGUCCGACCCCACCUGUGUCCCCGUCUCAAUCUGUCUGUCUGUGUGUCUGUCUGUCUGUGUGUCUGUCUGUCUGUCUGUGUGUCUGUCAGGCCAAGCAGCUGGAGUUGGUGGCCCAGAAGUUUGAGAAGAUCUGCCUCAACGCCAGAAACCUCAAAAUCGGACUAGAACGGUAACCAACACACACACACAACACACGCGGCCUCGCCUGACCUGUCUGUCCUGUCUGGCUGAUCGAGCGAUGCAGCAAAUGGGUGCACCCCAACCGCCCCAAGCCCGGCACCGAGGGCGCCGCAGCACCCAACCAACCCAACGCCACUGCUGCAGAGGGCGAGGAGCAGCCUGGAUCCCAGCCGAGCACCACCCCUUCCCCUGUCCCUGUCCCUCCCCCUCUCCCCGACAACAGUGCUCCGCCGCCAGAAGCUGCCGCCCACUCUCAACUGGGCAACCUUGGCAUUCACAAUGCGUUUGCCGCUGCCCAGCAGCAGGAGGGGCAGGAGAGCGGCGGGGGUGUGGGUGUGGGUGUGGGACCGAUGGUCAAUGGCAUCAAAGGAGCCGCACCUGCGGAUGGUGGCGGUGGUGGUGGUGGUGGGGGCAAGGAGGCGGGCAGCUAGUUGAGCCGCAGGAGGGGCAUGGAGGAGGGAGUCUGAUUCAGUAGCUGCUGGUGGGCGGCGGGUGGGUGUUGACGGGUUGGUGCUGAGAUGUAAUGUAGCCGAGGUCGGAUGAGUGUUGGUGUGUAUGCUGCUGUCGUGCCUGCCUGUCUGUAUAUCUGCUGUCUGCAAAUCGCCGCCUCUUCUUGGCCCCAGUUUCUUUCAUCUCCUUGAUCAGAACCUUCACGCGAGAAAUCAUGUUAGAUUUGUUUCGUGAAGGUUGCCUUGGGGAGGUGAAGGAUUGGGGGGCCAUACAUACCACAGACAGCCGGAGGGUGCUUGAGAGAUGCAAUGCGAGGUGUGCGUGUGGGUGUGGUGUGUGGGUGUGGGGGUGCGCUGCACAUGCAUGUGGAAGAUGCUGUACAGAUGGAUGGAUGGAUGGACCUGUGGUUGGCUGGCUGGCUGACGCAUUGAUUUGAUUGGUGAGUGUUUCUCUGUACAUGUACUCUUGUAAUCGAAUUGACCCGGAUCUCCCUCUCCCUCUCCCCCUCCCCCUCCCCCUCCCCCUCCCGCCCUCUCUCUCACUCGCACUGUUUCCUCCCAAGAUUUUGAUCGCACUGCAGCUUCUAUUCUGCUGCUGCCGCACUGCUCUCUCUCUGUCUCUCUGUUCCUCUCUCUCAGGCGGGCCAGCCAGCCAGCCGCUCGUGUGCAUGUGUCGUUAUUUUUGGGGCCGUUGGCCCCUCCGUGUGACUGAAUCGACAAGUGACCACGAUUGACGGGUGAAUUGAAGCUUACGUGUGAAUGUCUGUG